AUGACAAUGAAAAUUUCGAAGAAGCACGAACAGCCAAGAAGAUGUGCAGCCUUCCCGGUCCUCUUACACAGACUGAAUCACCAUGUUGUGAUGGAUAAUGGGCUGGUGAAUGUCACAUUGUCCACCCCACAGGGCGAGGUCACAGGGAUCGCAUACAAUGGAAUUGACAAUCUGCUAAUGAUACCCACUCAUAAGGAAACAAACAGAGGAGGAUAUUGGGAUGUCGUUUGGGACAGUCCGGGACAUCUUGGUGGUAAAUAUGACUUGUUAGAAGGUACAAGUUUUGAUGUUGUGAAGGAAGAUGAAGACCAAGUAGAAAUUUCUUUCACAAGGGUAUGGAAUGCUUCUGGCAAUGGAUCUGGAAUUCCCCUCAUUACAGACAAAAGGUUCAUAAUGCUGCGUGGCUACCCUGGUUUCUAUUCGUAUGCAAUAUUCAUCCACCCAGAGGGGUGGCCUGACCUAAACAUCUACCAAGGAAGAAUGGUGUUCAAGCUUGAUGAGAACUUGUUUCAUUACAUGGCUAUUUCGGAUGAAAGGCAAAGAAUCAUGCCCACAGCUGAGGAUCGCGAAAGUGGCCUUGUUCUUGACUACCCAGAAGCUGUUCUGAUCACAAACCCAAGCAAUCCAGAGCUCAGAGGAGAGGUGGAUGAUAAGUACCAAUACUCAUGUGAUAACAAAGACAACCGCGUUCAUGGAUGGAUAUACUUUGAACCGACUGUAGGAUUCUGGAUGAUCACAGCCAGCGAUGAGUUCCGUACAGGUGGGCCCGUGAAGCAAGACCUCACCUCACACGUGGGUCCAACUACUUUGUCUAUGUUUUUUAGCACCCAUUAUGCCGGGGAUAGCCUGGCAAUAAAAUUGAGGAAUGGUGAGUUAUGGAAAAAGGUGUUUGGCCCUGUUGCAGUCUAUCUGAACAUGGCCGCAGCUGAUGAGGAUGCCCUUACAUUAUGGGAAGAUGCUAAAGAACAGAUGUCGAUUGAAACCCAAAGCUGGCCAUACUACUUCCCCAUUUCAGAGGACUACCUUCAUGCUCAUCAGCGAGGCACGGUGGCUGGUCGCAUGCUAAUCCGUGAUAGUUACAUUGAUCAAGAUCUCGUGACUGCAAACUUUGCUUAUGUGGGGCUGGCUCCACCGGGAGAAGUUGGAUCAUGGCAAAGAGAAAGCAAGGGCUAUCAGUUUUGGGCUCAAGCUGAUUCUGAAGGGUACUUCUUGAUUAAAGGUGUCCGGCCUGGAAAUUACAGCUUGUACGCAUGGGUGCCUGGCUUCAUUGGAGAUUACAAAUACAGUCCUUUUCUCAACAUAACACCAGGGAAGCAUAUUAAACUAGGAGUUCUCAUAUAUGAGCCUCCAAGAAGAGGUCCUACCCUGUGGGAGAUAGGCAUCCCUGAUCGUACUGCUGCUGAAUUUUACGUGCCUGACCCGAAUCCAACUCUUCAGAACCAGCUAUAUAUCAACCUUCCAGACAGAUAUAGGCAGUAUGGUCUGUGGGAUCGAUACACAGAUGUUUAUCCUGAUGAGGAUCUCGCUUACACCAUAGGAAUUAGCAAUUAUCAAACUGAUUGGUUCUUUGCUCAGGUUAACAGGAACAUUGGAAAUAAAACAUAUGUACCAACCACAUGGAGGAUCAUAUUUGACCUUGACAAUGUGAAUGAGGCUGCAAAUUAUACCCUUCAACUAGCAAUAGCAUCAGCCCAUGAAGCCGAGAUUGAAGUUCGGAUCAAUGAGGCAGAUGCGUCGCAGCCCCCUCCUUUUACAACAGGAUUCAUAGGCAAAGACAAUGCGAUAGCAAGGCAUGGGAUUCAUGGACUGUAUUGGUUGUUUUCAGUGGAUGUCUUAGGUUCUCUGCUUCUCUCUGGAAGCAACACGGUUUAUCUAACACAGUCAAAAGGCUUGAGCCCUUUUAAAGGAAUCAUGUAUGACUAUCUCCGUUUGGAAGGUCCCCCUGAAACAGAGUAG